AUGGCUUUGAAAUUGGAUAUGGCUAAAGCUUAUGAUCGUGUUGAACGGAUUUAUAUCCAACAAUUGCUUCUGAAAAUGGGCUUUCAUGAGACAUUCGUCACUUGGAUUAUGCUUUGUAUUACUACACCUACAUACAAGUUUAACAUAAAUGGGCAAAUAGCUGGUGAAGUGAUACCUACCAGGGGAUUAAGACAAGGUGAUCCUUUGUCACCAUAUUUGUUCUUAAUAUGUGCCGAAGGUCUUUCUAGACUAUUAAACCAUGCAGAAUGCCAAAGGGAUAUUCAAGGUCUAAGUUUAGUUAGAGGGGGACUUACGAAGGUGAACUUGGAUAAAUCAACGAUAAUAUUUAGUAAAAAUACUCUUGAAAGUGAUAAAGAUGGUAUUAUUGCAGAGCUAGGCCAACUACAAAGGAAUAACUUAGGCUUUUAUCUCGGUUUGCCUGCAGUAGUUGGAAGAUCUAAGAAGAAAAUGUUGGAGUUUAUUAAGGAUAGAAUAGCUUAUGCAAAGAGAUUACUACUAUUUUUUCUAAUUUCUGGUGGGGGCAAAAUGAGGACAGGAGGAAAAUGCAUUUUGAAAAAUGGGAAAAUCUUUGUUUAG